UUGACAGUGACAAACGUCAUUACGACGGAAAACGGAAGUAGGUAGCGGUGUUCAGCUUGCUAGAAUCGCUCCGAUUUGACAGCCUUUUUACUCUCCUGGAGUGUAUGGGAAUAGACGUGUAAAAUGAAGUUGAACGUUUCGUUUCCCGCUACGGGGGCUCAGAAGACCUUCGAGAUCCCCUCGGAUGACCACAAGCUGCGUCAGUUCUAUGACAAGCGUAUGGGCGCGGAACUUGCCGCCGAUCAUCUCGGUGACGAAUGGAAAGGCUACAUCUUGAAGAUUGCCGGCGGUAACGAUAAGCAGGGUUUCCCCAUGAAGCAGGGUGUGCUGACCAACACUCGUGUUCGUCUGCUCCUGAAGAAGGGCCACUCUUGCUAUCGUCCGCGUCGUACCGGAGAACGCAAGCGUAAGUCGGUGCGUGGUUGCAUUGUCGAUCAAAACCUGUCCGCCCUGGCGCUGAUCAUCGUGCGCAAGGGUGAGCAAGAAAUUCCCGGCCUGACUGACGUGAAUGUGCCGCGCCGUCUCGGUCCGAAGCGUGCGAGCAACAUCCGCAAGCUGUACAAUCUGGACAAGAAGGAGGAUGAUGUGCGCCAGUAUGUUGUGAAGCGUCAGCUGCCGGUAAAGGAUGGCAAGAAGCCGCGCUACAAGUCGCCCAAGAUUCAGCGCCUGAUCACCCCGGUGGUGCUGCAGCGCAAGAGACACCGUCUGCUGAUUAAGAAGCGCCGUUCGGAGGCUCGCCGUGAGGCGGAAGCGCAGUACUCGCGACUCCUAGCCAUGCGUCGUCGCCAGGAGCGUGUGCGCCGUCAUUCGCGCCUGUCGUCCAUGCGCGACUCCCGCAGCUCGCUGACCUCGGAGAAGGACAAGAAGUCGUUGGCUGCGGCCAAGAAGAAGGAAGCCGCUUCCAAGAAGGAGGCUACUACGACCACCGCCGCCACCGCAACCAGCGCGAAGAAGGGUGCCGUUGCGAAGAAGGAAGUCGCGAAGAAGGACGCUGGCAAGAAGGCAACCGGCGGCAAGAAGGAGGUGAAGAAGGAUGCCACCAAGAAGGAGGUGAAAAAGGAUGCGCCCAAGAAGGAGGUAAAGAAGGACGCUGGCAAGAAGGAUGGCAAGAAGGAGGAGAAGAAGCCGGCAGCGGCAUCCGCUACCGCCGGUAAGAAGGCGGUGGCGGCCGCUAAGCCCGAGGCCAAGAAGGCCGCUCCGAAGACCGAGGGCAAGAAGCCGGCAGCAGCUGCGGCAACCGGUGGCGACAAGAAGCCGGCGAAGAAGGAGGCAGCACCGGCGGCUGCCGCCAAGAAGGAAGCCCCGAAGCGCAAGCCCGAACCAGCCCAGCAGAAGGGUGAGGCCAGCGCGGCAAAGAAGGAGAAGAAACAGCAGCAACAGAAGAAGAAGUAGACGUGUGUUGGCCCCGGGGGGUUUGUGGCCAUGAGGUGAAAAAGAUAAAACCGGUUGUUCCAGCAUAUCCGGCGCCCGGAUCUCCGAUCCUGAUUCUGACACCUGCUACCGGUUUCCUGCUACCGGGUUCGCUAUUAGGGGUUUUUUUGUAAUUUAAUCUUAAACGAUAUGAAGAAAAACACAAUACAACAGAGGUAAUGAUAAAGGAUCGGA